UAUAGUAUAAUGGAGUCGCAUGGUGUGGAUAGUUUAAAUAAUAGAGAUAUUAAGAAUGAAGUUGCGUGUCAUCAAAGUGGAACUCUUAUUUCUGCAAAAAAUCCCUAUAUAAGCGAAAAAAAUGAAAACAAUGUGAAAGACUGGAAACAGUGGAAGAAAGAAAAGAAAGAGCUACAUAAGAAAUGGAAACAGCAAAGAAUGAUACAAAAGGCAGAAAAGCUAAAGCAAAAGGAGGAGCAAAUGAAAGAAAAGGAGGAUAAAGAAAGAGAAGAAAAUCUUGAGAAGGAGAAAGUAGGCAGAGAUUAUACAGUUAGUAUUGCACUACCUGGAUCCAUUCUUGAUAAUGCCCAGUCUCCAGAAUUAAGAACAUACCUUGCUGGUCAAAUUGCUCGAGCCGCAACAAUCUUCAAUGUUGAUGAAGUAAUAAUAUUUGAUGAAAUAGGAAUGGAAAAAAUGGAGGUGAGCACAGAGGGUGAAUUCACAGGUGUGAAGAAAAAGGGCCAAGCCAAUUUACAGAUGGCAAGGAUAUUGCAAUAUCUUGAAUGCCCUCAGUACUUGAGAAAACACAUUUUUCCUCUUCAUCCUGACUUACAAUUUGCAGGUCUUCUUAACCCUCUUGACUCACCUCAUCACUUAAGAACAAAGGACAUAUGCCCAUUCAGGGAGGGAAUAGUUGUAAACCGUCCAGCCAGAGAAGGGAAAGGGUCAUUUGUUUAUGUUGGUCAGAAAAAAGAUGUUCGAGUGGACAAGCUUAUAAAGCCUGGGGUACGAGUAACAGUAAAGAUGGAACUCGACAAAAUGAACCCAAAGCGACCUAAAGGAGUAGCAGUAAUGCCCUGUACACCUCGUGUGGAAGGAGGAUUAUAUUGGGGAUAUGCAGUCAGACUUGCUUGCAGUCUUGCAGCAGUUUUCACUGAAUGUCCAUAUAAAGAAGGCUAUGAUUUAACUGUUGGAACUUCAGAAAGAGGGAUGAGUGUAGAUGAAGUUACCCUUUCACCUUUCAAACACAUGCUUGUUGUUUUUGGUGGCUUGAACGGCCUAGAAGCAUGUCUGGAUUCUCAUGAGUCCUUGGAAAUUGAUGAUCCAAAAUUUUUAUUCAGUUACUACCUAAACACGUGCCCUAACCAAGGAUCUCGGACAAUCCGCACUGAAGAAGCCAUUCUUAUAAGUUUAGCUGCAAUAAGACCAAAAAUAUUGGAAGUUCAAGGAAGGUGAAGAUAGUCUCUGUAUUGUAAAAUGGAAGUAAAUUUAUAAUAGG